GUGCUCGUGUCAUUGAGCUUGGCAAGUGAACUGUCAUGUAGUAUUUUCAUUCAAUUCAAAAUUCAUUCAUGUUAGAAAAUUUCAUUUCGCUACUACCUACGUGGUAUCAUCGCUGUCGGGAGUGAUAAGGUGUUAUCAAAUUACCGACAACUUGUUUUAUUUUAGGGCCGACAACAAUCUGUGUAAUCUGAAUAGUAUGCAAUAUAUUUUUCAUCAGAAAUGGUGUGUGGUGAUGUGAUGUGAAAAGUGUGCGUGAAAUACAACGGACUAAUUAGGAAUGUAGGUACAGUACAGUGAUUUGUUAUCGUGAUGGACUCCUUGGAUCAGGAUUGGAAGAAGUCCGUGGGGUUUCCCAUAAAUUAUUCCAGUCACAGUUCAGACGAGGAUUUAGACUCGUGCGACGUAGUCGUCAUGCGGCACCCUCGCGCGUCCUCACAGCUCCUGGCUGAUUACGGAGAUGGGGCGGAGGCCGACCUGCUUGGCACUACUCCGCCACGGACUAGGAUCAGGGACAAUAUACGACGAGGGAACAUAAUGAAUAAUCAAAAUCCGGGAAUCCAGAACUACAUAAAGGGAUCCAGAAAGAGUAUGGACGAGAUGAGCGCCGAACAAGCCGCCAUAGUUGAACGGCUGAAGAAGGCUCGAAGUCUGAAAGUGGGUAGGACCAGAGCGCGGGACCACAAACUGGACUUGAGCCAACGCGAUAGCAAGGCUGAUUCGUUGCCAUCACCGGGGGUCCAACCAGCUGUACCCACAUUGGUGGAGUCCUGCAGUCGGUUCAUGUCGCUGACGUCGAAGCUGAAAUGCCGGUCGGAGUUCCACGAGGAGGAGGUGGAGACGCGCAACCACGGCGAGGACGAGCCGCCGGAGAACCGGGUCAACUUCCACAAGACCUUCUGUCUGCUCAUCAAUAUGGGGAACAUGGAAAAAGGCUGUCGGCGGACGAUAAGCCGUGAAGAGCAAGUAUGGCAGAACGAGCUCAAAGACCUGAUCUGGCUGGAGCUCCAAGCGAAGAUUGCGGGAAGGACCCUCGCCGAACAGGACGAGUUCUUGUGUGCGCAACGCAAUAUUGUGCCGACACUCGUCAGGAACAUCGUGGAUUACCGGUUUGUAAACUCCAAUCCUUGCAAAUCAUCAAAGCGUUCCAAAGAAGAUCUCGCCCAUAGAAUGGAGGGGAAAGACCUCGGCGAUGAUGAAGCCUUCGGCUGCCUUUCAUUCAACUGUGAGCCUUGUAUCUCAGCGGUCGGGAAAGCGAUGAAGGAAGUGGGGACAUUGCUGGAUUCGUUCUACAAUGCUGGCUCGCUGUACCAGUCCAGCAGGGCCAUGAUGGCGGACCACCCGUUGGUCGCUACACAACUCUUUAAGAACAGGAUCAAGGCGAUGUGUCUUUGGUACAACGUAGCUCUUCAUAUACGAAUGGUGGUUGUGACAGUGCGCCGUAUGUUGAGAAGCAUAAGACUCAAAAUGCAACGGCGUGGAUUCCAAAACAGAACUUCUGUCGAAUCUGACACGAGCAGGAGAUCAUCAGAGAGCCACAGACCAUGCCAAGUCCGUUUUAACGUGAAUGGAAACCCGACUGACUCGAGCAACAGCGACUCAAGCUCACACUCCCUCCAUUCUGACGUAAUUAAGGAAGAGGAAGAGAAGGAGGAGAAAGGGACUGAGAGAAUAGAUAAGGAAGAGAAAGAGGGAAAAGAAGAGAAGGGAGAUGAUGAAGUGGACAGAGUUCAUAGUGAACCGAGCGGGCAAAUCACACCCGAGAUAGUGAUAUCAGACAACCACUACGGCACGAGCGAUACAAGCACGUCAAAUGAGAGCGGUUACGCGUCCAACUACUACGACAUAGAGUCUGACGACCUGUGCGAUAUGGGCGGGUUGUCGGACCUCACGCAGCUGCGGCUGUUGGGUAAAUGCGCCGUGUCGCCUUACAGGGAGUACCACUACGAGAUGCUGAAGACCCAGGGCGUGCGGCGCUGCAUGACGUUCAUCAAUAAGAUCAGGAAACACGUGCUGCACAAGGUGCAUCUCACUCUGCAGGUGCCUGAUGAAUCAACAACGCGCGAAGCAAACGCAUCGCUCUCGCCUAAUGUAGAUGGCGCCGCUGAAGUGUUUGACGACACCAAAGAAGAAGACGAAAACGGGGAAGAACAACCAAUGCAUGGUGAACUUAAGAGGUUCGGUUGCUGGUCCGAAGAGUGCCUGGCGAUGCGGCUGCCCUCGUACAGGAUCCACUUCCUGCUCCUCAGCAGUAUUUGCAUGGAAGCCGUGCACGACUACCUCACUAUGAGGCUGGAGGGCCGCCCCGAGAGGCCCUCGUGUCUCACUGUCAAACAGCUAAUCCACGAGCUGAAGGAAGGUCUGGACAUAGCAACGGAGGUGCGGUCGGACUUCGUGCGCAACGUGGGGGCCAGCGCGGCCGCACGCUCCCCCCCCUCCGGCCGGGCAGAGCCGCGCGCCGCGCCCGCCGCCGACCUGCGCACGCUUGUGCGCACCUUCGACGACACCGUCGACAAUGUUCUCAACCAAUACCUGUCGUACCUGAUCACGAUGUCGGAGACCGAACAGAUGUCCCGCGCGUGUCUGCACACCGAGUGGCAGUUCACGGCCAGACUCGCCAAGCGGGUCAAGUGUGCUGAGCAGAGGGCGCCACAGGCUUUCACCAAAAUCGCAUGCAACCAACUGGACCGGGUGAUGCGUCAGUUUGAGAACAGGUUCCACAGUCUCAAGCAACUGGCGCAAGACUUGGAGUCCGAACCAGAAUUCACUAGAGAAGCAGUAUACGCGAUGUGUCGCGAAAUGCAAGCGCUGUACGCGAGUGAGCGAGAAGGAAUGCUGCAAGCGGUGCAGUGGGCCAGGGUGCUGUCUGCGAGGCUGGCCCGCGCCCCUCCCCCCGCUUUCAUCGAUCUGAGACAAGAGAUUUUUGAGAAACUAAUGAAGAUCCGCGAGUUCAUCGUGGAGCACACAGACAUGGUGCUGGAGAAGAGUCGCUUCUCCGAGGAGGAGCUGAAGGGGGAGAACAAUGAUGGCCUGAUCGCCCGCGUCCGGGAUCUCUUGCUGCAGAUGUUCAAGCUCGGCUUUGAGCUACAUCGCGAACUGAGCCGGCUCUCGCAGACGUCGACCUCGGAGCCCACGAGGCCCCUCCGCCCCUCGUCCCUCCAGAUACCCCACACCCCCCGGCCACCCCCCAGGAGACAAAGACCGGAGACAAUGAUGAUACACGAAGCUGUUUCGCCGAUCCACAAACAACUGCACCGGUUUGCCCUGGAGCCGACUUCGCGGUCGUUCUUCAACUGUCGCCGUUCGCUGCUCAACUCGCCGCCGCGGUGCUUGGGUCGCAAGCUCAUGAGGACUGAAAGCAUGGUCGACGAGGACGGUGCGGCGCUGGAUGAUCGGCUUUUUGAGACUACCGAUCAACCUACACAAAAUAGCAUAGAGCUGCUCCUGACAGGAGAGCUGCCCCCCUCCCCGUGCCCCGCGGGCGCCCCGUGCCCCGGCGCCCCCUCGUCCGGUGCCCCCGGCGCCCCCGCGCCCGGCAGCAGCGCGCAGUGGGCCGGCACAGUGGCUCGGGCUGUGAUACAGUUCGCGAGGCGGUGGAUGAGCUUCGUGGUGGAGAGGUGCGACACUGGCCGAGGAUUGAGACCUAGAUGGGCGAGUCAAGGAUUGGAGUUUCUCAUGUUGGCGUGUGAUCCGUGCAACACAAAACAUUUGAGCGAGGAUGAGUUUAAGGAGCUGGAGGCCCAGAUGGACGGCUGCAUCUCGCACGUGGUGGGGUCCCGCCGCGCGCCGCGCCUCGACCGCGCGCCUCCCUCGCCCCGCGCGCCGCGCAAGCCCAAGCAACAACACUGUUCGCUGUCAGGGGGUACUGGUGUGCCGGCACCCCCCACUCCCCCCACCGAGCCCGACCCUCUUCUCAGCUUCCAAGGAGUCGAAUUCACUAGUCAUAGCAAACGCGUAAUGGACGCGAUAGAAAGAGUGGAAAGAUCCCGAGAAGAGACCCUGAUAGAACGGAAGGCAGUGGGCCACGUGCUGAGUGCGCCGGUGGACAGCUACGAGCCCAAGCUGCGCCAGCUCACAUUCAAAUGGCAGCGCGGGCUCAAGAUCGGCGCCGGGACCUUCGGGAAGGUGUACACAGUAGUCAAUACAGAAAGCGGGCAACUUCUAGCCAUGAAAGAACUGAGCGUCGGCGCUGGCGACAGGCGGGCGUUACAGCGAGCUGCGAACGAACUUAGAGUUCUGGAGGGAAUAGUACACCCGCAUCUAGUGAGAUAUUACGGAUGCGAGCUUCAUAGGGAGGAAAUGCUGAUAUUCAUGGAGCUAUGCGUGGAGGGCUCACUGGAGACGUUAGUGGCGACAUCUGGCGCGCUGCCCGAGCCCACCGUGCGCCGCUACACCAAGCAGAUGCUGAGCGCCGUCACUGAGCUACAUUCCAGGUCUAUUGCUCAUCGGGAUAUCAAAAGCGGCAACAUUUUCCUAACGAACGAGGGUCACUGCCUGAAGCUGGGUGACUUCGGGUGCGCUGUGAAGAUCCGCGCCAACACCACGGCUCCAGGAGAGCUGCAGGGCUUCGUGGGCACCCAGGCGUACAUGGCGCCCGAAGUGUUCAUGAAGUCGUCAGGCCACGGCCGCGCGGCUGAUAUCUGGUCGUUGGGCUGUGUGGUCACUGAAAUGGCUUCAGGGAAGCGUCCAUUCUCAGAAUACGACAGCAACUACCAGAUUAUGUUCGUGGUAGGGAUGGGUGGCCGCCCGGAGAUACCUACUACCUUAUCUGAAGAAGGUCAACACUUCUGCCGCGAAUGCCUCACACAUGACGCGGAACAGAGGCCCAGAGCGAGCCAGUUGAGCUUGCACCACUUUCUCAUGGUGAAAUCGGACGAAGACUGCAAAUGUGAGCCGGCUUUUCUCAUCUAAUCUAUAGUAUAUAGUAGUUAUGUAUGUAGUUAAUGAUGUUAUAUAUAUGUAAUGUAUAUAUAUAUAUAUGUAUCGUUGAAGACUGUAGCUAUAUUAUAAUAGUUUAUUAUUAGUAAUAGAUUAAUAUUAUUGUAGAAUUGGGAUUUUGAUGGUUUGGUCAAACAGGCAUUUAAUAUUUUACAAAAUAGCCGUUUUAUUACAAAUGAACUUUCCUCGUUAAUCGCUCCGUCCAAUCCGUUCUAUGUAGAGAUUUGACGAAAUUCUUUUAACCAAAGACAAAUAAAAUAAAUUAUGAGUUAUUGAAAUCGCCCCACGUGAGGAAUGUGAAAGAAUCUGAUUGUAUUUUGAUCAUAUUUGAUGCCAAUUCGAACGGCGACAGGCAUUUCUUUUUUUCAGUUUUCAGCUCCCUCGGAUUUUUAACACGUGUAUUAUUUAAAUUGUCACCUUAAACCACGAAGGUUGAACCUUAUAAUACCUAUCAUGUACAUCACCGCGAGCCAAAUCUUUCUCGUGAUUAUUUAACCGGACACUUGCUAUAACGUCAACCGUCCUUGGGAAUACUAUUAUUGCCAAUCAGACUGGGCUAUGUGUCCAUUAGUCGCCUCGUAUUAUAUCCACGAGAUUGUCCUGUAUGCUUUUGUUAAGGUAUUGAAAAUUUUAUUUAAAAAAUCAUCGGUUUUGAACUUUACUCAAGAUACGGAACCUUUGGUUUCAAGGUUAACAAUGUUCACAAACAGCCCGUUUUACUACUUGCUUUUAUUUCAAAUAGGCACAUACAUUGUACCCUGAGAUUACCUUAUAUAUAUUAGGACACAAAUACCUUCAAUUUUGACACAAUCUCAAUUUGCGGUUAUACAUAUACGUAGGAGAAAACCAACACGUCAAGCAAUAUUUACCACUCAUAAGUAAAUUAUAAAUCAUAUUUUUCUUUGACGUUGUAUUUACGUCAAAGUGCAGUUUUAGAGUAAGUGCCAUCAAAACAGUAGUGAUUCGGGACGUAUUUUAAUUACGUGUGUAAUUUUCUGCGAAGAUAUAUUGUAGGACAUUUGAUAUAUAAUAAGUUAAAAUUUAUGUAGUACAAACAUUAUAAACAAUAUUGCAAGGUGGAUAGUGCAUUAUGAAGGAAUUGUAUAUUUUGCAAAAUUCUUGUAAUAGUCAGCUUUAUUUUUAUAAGCAUUUAAUCGAUAAUAUCUAGAAUUUUAUAAUACUAUUAUUUUAUUUGAAAAACAAAAACAAAAUGUAAAAAACAAGUGUGCAUAGAAAUCGUGCCAUUAUUUAUCGUAUAUUUUAAUUUUAAACAGGCCUUUAUUUUUAUUAUAAUUCAUGGAUCUUAUACCAUUAAGGGUCUAUGUUGUCCCUUGGUAUUUAUCUGGGAAACUUCUAUCUUGUGGGAAAUUGUAUAAGGAACCACUAUCAGUAAGUUUAUCAGCAACGGCGAAACAGGCGCUAAGGAUCAAAUCCUUAUUAAUGUUUACAUUUUUGUAUACGCACUACUUAAUGUUAAUACAUAUAAUGACAUUCCGACGGAAGUAUUUACAUGUUAAGUACUGAAACAUUUAAACAAAAUUUAUUUUAUUAUCGUUUUAAGUAAUUGUAAUCAAUUUAGAUUUUUAAUGCGCGACUUGCAAGCAGCUAGCGUUUUCAUACGAUAUUUUUAGGGUCGUCCGUCUGUCACAGUCAAGCGCUGUUGUUUUUAUUUUAAAAAAUGUUGUUUCAAUUUCAAUGAUAUUGAUACAAAAACUCAUACGGAGUACGCGUGCGCGACGCCGAUGGUCCGCUCCUGAAUAUUCGAUUUUGAAAAAAAAAAACAAAAUAUAGUUCAUUUCUUGUAGUUUAUAGGAAAACCUAGAAGAAUUCUUUAAAUUGUACGCAACCCUCGUCAGGCGAGUUCAACUCUAAAGACUAAACACAUGUUCAUUUACAUAUUUUUUGUCAGUAAAUUUCUUCAAAUUUGACAGCUUAGUAAGAGAGCCAAAUUUUAUAAUAUUUAUGAAAUUGUUUGCUUUUGGAAUACAAUUCAACAGUACCUUACAUGAUCUUCUAUAAAGUUAUUUAUGCCAUAAAGUACUUUAAUUAAUAAUUAAGGCAAUUAUUUUGGCAGAUGCUUGUUAUAGUUUUAUUAUUGGUGACUGUUAAAUGUUUAAAAUCGAUAUAAGAUACAAUAAAAUGAUGUUAUAAAGAAAAAAAUAAAAAUUAUUAAUAAAUUA